GGCACAUUAUCAGACACCGCUGCUAACACUUUCCCAGCGUUCCUUGCGAGCGGCCUUUUCCUCCAUUUUUGAGACUGAAUCAGGUUUAUUUGACCUGGUCAAAGCAUCAUCAUGCCAGGAAGGCUGUGGAGCAAGGCCAUCUUUGCGGGCUACAAGCGUGGCCUGAGGAACCAGCGAGAGCACACCGCUCUGCUCAAGCUCGAGGGAGUCUACAACCGUGACGAGGUCGACUUCUACCUGGGCAAGCGCUGUGCCUACGUCUACAAGGCUAAAAAGAACACUGCAACACCCGGCGGUAAACCCAACAAGACGCGUGUCAUCUGGGGUAAAGUCACUCGGGCUCAUGGAAGCAGUGGAAUGGUUCGUGCCAAGUUCAAGAGCAACCUUCCAGCGAAGGCCAUCGGACACAGGAUUCGUGUGAUGCUGUACCCAUCUCACGUGUAACCUGCUUUUGUGUACAGACAAUAAAAAAAAAAAAAACUGGUCCAAAAA